AUAAUAACAAUUUUAAAUAAUAUGUUUUAACGACUGAUAUCACUUAUCUACGCAUAAAAUAAAAUUACCAAAUAAUAAACUAGCAUAAAAAAUUAUCGUAUUGCAAAAAUAUUUGCAGCGUGCACCAUAAAACGACAAUAAAUAAAAAUUUUUAGUAUUUGAACUGAUAUUAGAACAUGACGGAUAGUGCAUCUAUUGAAAGUAGCACGUCUCCAAAAAGUGAUUUAAGUAGUAAUUUAAGCUUUAAUAUGGAACACAAGUACGCUUCCACAAUCGCCGACAAUGAGGUAUUAAAAUAUGAAAUUCACCGUUAUUCUAGUUUCUCCACCAACUUUUAUCCAGAAAAUAUACUUAUGGACUGCCCAAACGACCAGACCUCACGUUGGUCUGCACAUACCAAUAACCCACCACAGUACCUGACACUCAAACUAAAACGACCAGCAAUUGUACAAUACAUAAAGUUUGGCAAAUUCGAAAAACCGCACGUUUGUAAUAUAAAAAAAUUUCGUGUAUUUGGUGGGUUAGAGGAAAAUAACAUGGUACCGAUUGCAGAGGGUGGACUUAAGAACGAUGCCAUUCCAGAAGUAUUUAAAUUACGUUCUCGAACGGAAGACGGUUCUGAAAACUUAGCUAUUUUAUUUUUAAAAAUAGUACCAUUACUUUCUUGGGGGCCAACGUUUAAUUUUAGCAUUUGGUAUGUUGAGUUACAUGGGCAAGAUGAUCCAAUGUAUACCAGUCCAUGUUUGAAAAAUUAUAAUAAGUUACGUGAAGUAGAGAUUAUAAAAUUAUGCCUUAAACAUUUUCGUCAACAAGGCUAUGAGACAGCUUUCAAAGCCUUGCAAGAACAAACCAAAAUUGACCUAGAACAUAAGCUUAUUAACAAGCUGCAUACAUGUUUAGUUGUAAACGGAAAUUUUGAAAAGGCUGAAAACUUUGUUGCUGAUUGUGUUAAGGAAGGUCUAAUGGAUGAGUAUUUAGAAAGGCAAGACUAUAAGCACAGUUGGAUUAUGCAAGAUGUUGAAAGCGUAGAAAAACCAGGUACACGUGGUGGUCAUCAAUUAGUAAUGGAUACCAAAAAAAGUGUAAUAUAUUUAUAUGGUGGUUGGGAUGGUUUUCAGGAUUUAAGUGAUUUAUGGAUGUAUAAUAUAAUGAAUAAUCACUGGUCGCUAUUGUAUGAACAUUCCGAAAAAUUUAACGGACCAAGUCCACGUUCUUGUCAUAAAAUGAUUUUCGAUCCUGUAAGUGAAAAUAUAUUUAUGCUUGGUCGUUAUUUAGAUAAUUCAAUCAGAACAACAGAUUAUAUAAAGAGCGAUUUUUUUUUGUAUGACACAAGACAACAAACUUGGUUGCAAAUAUGUGAUGAUACUAGUCAAGUAGGUGGUCCGCAUUUGGUAUACGAUCAUCAAAUGUGCAUAGAUGCCGAUAAACGUACAAUUUAUAUAUUUGGUGGUAAAAUUUUAACGCCCCGAAGUGUUACAAAUUCCACUUUGAACGACCCAGAAUAUUCGGGCCUAUUUUCCUAUCACAUUGCAACAAAUACCUGGACACAAAUAUUUGUAGACUGCCAUCAUCCGACUGCUUCAAAGCCUGAAGUUCUAUCAAUUAAGUCGCGCGUAACGCAUUGUAUGGUUUUUCAUAAUAAAGAUCGUAAGCUAUAUAUCUAUGGAGGACAGCGUGGCAAGGAAGAUAUGGAGGAUUUUGUUACUUAUGAUGUUGAUGCACAAGUGCUUUCUGUAAUUAAUAAGAAUAAUUUUGGUUGCAAUGAAAUAAGAAAUGAACCGCCACCAGGUUAUACUUUGCGAGCAACUAUCGAUUCUGAUCGUAAUGAAAUUUAUGUAUUUUCGAGUCUAAGUAAAUUAAAAGAUCGCAGAGAUAUGCAACAAAUUGAUGCUUCUAAUUCAUUUUGGGUAUAUUGUAUCAAAACCAUGAAAUGGUCUCGUAUAUAUACUUAUCGGCACAACAUUUGUCAUAUAACAGGAGUUGUCAAAAAAGAGCCAAAUGAACCUUGUCCGCGCUAUGCUCAUCAAAUGGUUUACGACGAUACAGUGAAGUUACAUUACCUUUUUGGUGGUAAUCCUGGUAAAACAUCUUUACCUCAAUUACGUUUGGAUGAUUUUUGGAUACUAUCAUUAGAGAAGCCAAAAAGAGAAGAAAUUCUGAAGCAUUGCCGUUUUCUUAUACGUAGGCUACAUUAUGAGGAAAUUGCACGAGUUGAUUCAUUUAAAGCAAUGCAAUAUUUACGAAAUCGUAUAUCAGAAGUGAUCGAUCAUUCAAAUGAGGAACAACUUAAUAAAUUCCAUAAAUUGGCCUCGUUAAUUUUUACAUCAAACACUAAAGAGACUGGUCGUGUAUGUAUGCCGGCACUAAAUCAAGAAAAUGAUGAUCAAGAAAAUAUUUCUGGUGAAGAAACAAACGAAACGACUGAAUCUAAUUGCAACAUAGAUACAAGUAAGUCAAGUAGUAGUAAUUCGGAUAAUGAAUCAUCAAAAUCUGUUGUCGUUAAUUUAACAAAUGAACCUGAAAAUUCAAAUAAAAUUUUAAAUUGUCGUAAUGCAAAUUGUAGAAGAGAUCGUCCAGAUUUUUGUCAUGAGAUUAGAACAAGACGUGCAUUUUUAUUUAAUAAAAUAGUUCAAUUAAUGCCUGCUAAUAUGGUACAACCAACGCGUAAUUUAAGUGAUUUCGUUGUGAUUUAAGCAUCGACAAAGUCAAUAACUAAGUUUUAUAUUUUUGAUAGCUAAAUACGAAUGUAAAUUAGUUUUUAUAUACUGUACUUUGAGACACUUAAUA